AUGAUAAGAGAUAGAACAGAAGAAUAUUACAGAGUUAAAGAAGAAGUAAAAGAAUGGAAAAAACAAAUUGAUAAAAGGGAUUUUUUAGCAUAUAUACACGAUAGAGCAAGUAACUCACCAUCCUCUUCAUUUCCAACUAUCAAUUUUAUAAAAAGAGGAAACGAUUCCGUACCAGCCAUUAAUAACAAUUUCAAUAGUAAUAAUAAUAUUGGUACUAUAAAACCAUUAAAUAUACCCCCACCAAUACAUAAACCACAAGAAAAACUAACUGAUAAACCAAACUGUUUAAAUUGUGGUAAAGCAUUUGGUCUAUUUACAUCAAAAUAUCAAUGUAGUUUAUGUAAUAUUAAUUUUUGUAAUGGAUGUUUAAAAAUUUUAUCAAGUAAAGAUAUUACUGGUGUUUUAAAAGAUGGCCAAGUAAGAUCAUAUUGUCCAAGAUGUCAUUUAAUAGUCACAAAAGAGGAAAUUAAAAGAAGGUUUCAUUUUGGUUGCGAAAAAUCUGUCAAUGAACCAAUUCUACAACUAUAUAAUGAAAUUACUCUUGUUAAGCGAUCUAUAUUAGGAUCAUUACCAAGUUUUGAAUAUUUAGCAUCAUCUGUAACUGAUUUCAAAUUGGCAUCAAAAAACAACAGAGAUACAUUUUCCCAGGUUUACAAUGAAGUUAUUAUACUUCAAAAUGACCUGGCUGUAUUAUUUAAAGAUUUUGAUAAGCAUUUAAAAGCAGUCAUGCUGUUACCAACUACUUCGCACUAUCAAGAUACAAUAAAAAAGAAUAUGAAAUCAUUAUACUAUACAUUUUUACAACAAAACUUACCAAAAUUUAAAAAUAUCCAAACAGAUUUAUUACAUAUAGAGCUAAAUACAAUUAGAAAUACAUAUAUUUAUUUAGCAAGAUCAGGUUUGGAUAAUAGAAUGCAACCAGAAUUUUGGUACAAGUAUGGCAAAGCAUAUCAAGAUACAAUGGCACUGGUCAGAAAGGAUUUACAAAUCUCAUGUACAAAAUGUAAAGAAGAUUAUGACAAGGUUAAAAAUUUAAUUGAUGAAAUGAUUGUAAAUGAAGAGAAAUCAAAUCUAAAUAUUAGAGGUAACCCAAAACACGAAGAAGAGGGAACAUUAAUAAGAAAAAAUAAAGAGUUUUUAAAGAACAUUUAUGAUCAAGUAAAUAUUAGAGUCAAACCUGAAGAGUUGGAAAAUUCAAAACGAGCAAUUUUAACUCUUUUUAAAAUUUUAGAUGAAGACUAUAACAAUGGUUUAAAAUAA